AGGCGUAGUUUGGCAUUAUGAGUCCUCCAUUGAAGCUCUUCAAAAAUCAGAAAUACUAUGAACUGAAACAGGAAUGCAUCAAAGAUGGUCAGCUUUUCUGUGAUCCAACCUUUCUGCCUGAGAAUGAUUCUCUUUUUUACAACCGACUGCUUCCAGGCAAAGUGAUAUGGAAACGGCCCCAGGACAUCUGCGAUGACCCCCGUCUGAUUGUUGGCAACAUCAGCAACCACCAGCUGAUCCAGGGCAGACUGGGGCACAGUUCGAUGAUUCCUGCAUUUUCCUGUUUGGCUGUUCAUGAGUCUCUCUGGACAAAGGCAAUUCCCAACCACAGGGAACAGGAAUGGGAUUCUCGAAAAGCAGAUAAAUAUGCUGGAAUAUUUCGCUUUCGUUUCUGGCAUUUUGGAGAGUGGACAGAGGUGGUGAUUGAUGACUUGCUGCCAACCAUCAAUGGCGAUCUGGUCUUCUCCUUCUCCACUUCCAUGAAUGAAUUUUGGAAUGCUUUACUGGAAAAAGCAUAUGCAAAGCUUCUGGGUUGUUAUGAGGCCCUAGAUGGUUUGACCACCAGUGAUAUCAUUGUGGACUUCACGGGCACAUUGGCGGAAACUGUUGACAUGAAGAAGGGGAGAUAUACUGAACUUGUUGAGGAGAAGUACAAGCUGUUUGGAGAACUGUACAAAACAUUCACCAAAGCUGGUCUGAUCUGCUGCUCCAUUGAGGCUCCCAAUCAGGAGGAACAAGAAGUUGAAACUGAUUGGGGUCUACUAAAGGGUCAUACCUACACCAUGACUGAUAUUCGCAAGAUUCGUCUUGGAGAGAGACUUGUGGAAGUCUUCAGUGCUGAGAAGCUGUACAUGGUUCGCCUGAGGAAUCCUAUGGGAAGACAGGAAUGGAGUGGCCCCUGGAGUGAAAUUUCUGAAGAGUGGCAGCAGCUGACUUUAGAAGAUCGCAAGAACCUGGGACUUGUUAUGUGUGAUGAUGCAGAGUUUUGGAUGAGCCUGGAAGACUUUUGCCGCAACUUUCACAAAUUGAAUGUCUGUCGCAAUGUGAAUAAUCCUGUUUUCGGCCACAAGGAGCUGGAAUCGGUGCUGGGAUGCUGGACUGUGGAUGAUGAUCCUCUAAUGAACCGUUCUGGAGGCUGCUAUAACAACCGUGAUACUUUCUUGCAGAAUCCUCAGUACAUCUUCACUGUGCCUGAGGAUGGACACAAGGUUAUCAUGUCACUGCAACAGAAGGAAACGCGCACUUACCGCAGAGUGAGAAGACCUGACAAUUACAUCAUUGGCUUUGAGCUCUUCAAAGUGGAGAUAAACCGCAAAUUCCGCCUCCACCACCUCUACAUCCAGGAGCGCGCUGGGACUUCCACCUAUAUUGACUCUCGGACCGUGUUUCUGAGCAAGUACCUGAAGAAGGGAAAUUAUGUGCUUGUUCCUACCAUGUUCCAACAUGGCCGCACAAGUGAAUUUCUCCUGAGAAUCUACUCUGAAGUGCCCGUUCAGCUCAGGGAACUGACUAUGGACAUGCCCAAGAUGUCCUGCUGGAACUUGGCACGUGGCUACCCCAAAGUAGUUACCCAGAUCACAGUUCACAGUGCUGAGGGCCUGGAGAAGAAACAUGACAAUGAAAUUGUAAACCCGUAUUUGAUCAUUAAGUGUGGAAAGGAGGAAGUUCGUUCACCUGUUCACAAGAAUACUGUAAAUGCCAUUUUCGACACCCAGGCCAUUUUCUACAGAAGGACUACUGACAUUCCUAUUAUAGUCCAGGUUUGGAACAGACAAACAUUCUUUGACCAGUUCUUGGGGCAGGUUACUCUGGAUGCUGAUCCCAGUGACUGCCGUGAGCUGAAGUCUCUCUACCUGCGUAAAAAGGGUGGUCCAAAUGCCAGCGUCUCGCAAGGCCUCAUCACCUUCCAGAUUAUUUCCAGUGAUGAUCUCACUGAGCUCUAGAUCUUCAAUUGCAGAGAAUCCUGACAGAAUUUAUCAUCCUUUUAUUUUAUGUCAGGUGCCAAGAUUUAUAAUUAUUGAAAGAAAUUCACAAUAACUUUACUCUUUCUGAUAAUUUCCCAUACCUCCUGAUCCAAGUAGCAGCAGUAGCUACAUAACCUAUAUACCUCCAGCAGAUGGGCAGGGGGAGGUGACAGUCCUAUCUAGAGAUCAUAUACACAUUUGCCAAGAAAAGAUCUUUGGGGAUUCCGGAGGUGAGAUUCAGGCAGGACAGUAAUGAGAGCCUGGACACUUUACAGGUGUCUUCGUUGUUUUCAGUUGUCUGAUAUGUCUUUCCUGUAGGACAUGUUGAGGAAGGAGGAGGGAUGAUCGAGGCCAAGCCGGUCUAGCCUGACAACCCAGCUCCUGCAGACUUUCCAGUAGCAUUUUAUCCAGCAGCCAAAAAAAAAGCUGACUUUAAGGUUCCCACCCUUACUAUCACCACCACGACCACCACCACCACGACCACCAUCACUACCACCACCACCACCCUCACCACCACCACCUUCACCACCACAGCUAUCCUCACCACCUCCGGAAAGUAUAGUCCUGCCCUCAUCCAAGUCACCCCCCACAGUAAGUUUUACAUUCAUGUUGAGCAAGCUUCCUAGGUGCUUAAUCAAGAACUGGGGUUCAAUGAGGCCUACACAGUGAAAAGAGCCUGAGCUUGAGCUCAACAGAAGCCAGCUGUACAUCAUAAGAGGGAAUAGUGCAAGAAGCUGCAGUGGGAGACAAAGCCUCAGUCCCCCACCACCCACACACAGCUACACUCACACAUAUGCAUGCGGGAGUGCACAAACUACCAUUCAGGCAGGUCAGUGGGCAAAAAUGAGAGCAAGUGAAGUAUCACACACUCUGAAAAGCUGAGCAGAUCCAAUCAAGCAUAGUAUAGCCAGUUUGGGGUCCCUGACUGCAAUGUGAAACCUCUUGCUGCUGCUAAGUUUACAAAUAAGCCCCCUGUCCUGCGCCUCCUAAUAUAGGUACUGAAGGUCCCACGGGGGUGUUUGUUUGCCCUCUGUUUUCUAGUACUUCUACAAAAUUUUCUCUAGAGUCGGUCAUUAGAGAAUGUUCUUUCAUCUUCACCUAUCAAUAGUUUACCCUUCAGGGCUCAGCAUAAAUACCACCUCCUUCAUGAAACCCUCCCUACUCCCAUCUCAAACACCACCUCUAGCAAUAUUUUAAUGCUUCUGUAAUGAUGAAAAACCAAUGUAGCUGUAGUAGUUAAUCUAGCCUGAUAUGCAUUCAUUUUAAAAAAUAUAUUUGGUAAUUUUUUUCACUUCACUCAUUUUCUAUGAUAUUUUCUGGUCUAUGUAACUUCCACAGUGCCUUCACCAAACUGCCUUAAUGUAAACCAA